GCCCGCAUGUGCACCUCGUGGAGCACAACUCUUGCGGCGGAAGCUCUCAAUGUGGAGAGCUCUGUGUUAAACUUUAAUUAGCGCAGUAACAACUAUUUCAGAAUGUUAGUGUUGUUUGAAACCGCCGCCGGCUAUGCCAUUUUUAAGGUUCUUGAUGAGCAGAAACUCCAGCAGGUGGAUAGCCUGUGGAAGGAGUUUGAGACGCCAGAAAAAGCCAACAAAGUAGUGAAGCUGAAGCACUUUGAGAAGUUCCAGGACACCACAGAAGCUCUUGCAGCGAUCACGGCGAUGGUGGAGGGGAAACUUGGGAAGAGCCUGAAGAAGAUUCUCAAGAAGGUUGUGGCCAAAGAGGCUCAUGAACAGCUGGCCAUCACCGAUGCUAAACUCGGAGGAGUCAUCAAGGAUAAGAUGAACCUGAGCUGUGUGCACAGUCCCGCUGUGGCCGAGCUCAUGAGGGGCAUCAGGAAUCAGAUGGAGGGGCUCAUCACAGGUCUGCCCGCCAGAGAGAUCAGCGCCAUGUCUCUCGGUUUGGCACACAGUCUCUCACGGUACAAGCUGAAGUUCAGUCCAGACAAGGUGGACACCAUGAUCGUCCAAGCUAUCUCACUGCUGGAUGAUCUGGAUAAAGAGCUCAAUAACUACAUCAUGCGCUGUCGGGAAUGGUACGGCUGGCACUUCCCAGAACUCGGCAAGAUCAUCACAGAUAACCUGGCGUACUGCAAUAGCGUCCGCAAGAUUGGUGAUCGCACAAACGUGAGCUCGACAGACCUGUCUGAUAUUCUGCCAGAGGAGAUCGAGGCGGAGGUGAAACUUGCAGCAGAGAUCUCCAUGGGAACAGAGGUGUCCGAGGAGGACAUCGCCAACAUCAUGCACCUGUGUGACCAGGUGAUUGAAAUCUCAGAUUAUCGCUUGCAGCUCUACGAUUAUCUGAAGAACCGUAUGAUGGCUAUUGCGCCCAAUCUGACGGUCAUGGUGGGAGAGUUGGUGGGAGCCCGUCUCAUAUCUCAUGCAGGAUCCCUGCUGAACUUGGCCAAGCACCCGGCAUCCACCGUACAGAUCCUCGGUGCUGAGAAAGCUCUCUUCCGCGCUCUGAAAACCCGCCGUGAUACGCCCAAAUACGGUCUCAUCUACCACGCCUCUCUGGUGGGCCAGACCACAGCCAAGAACAAGGGUAAGAUCUCCAGAAUGCUGGCUGCAAAAACAGCCCUGGCCAUCCGUUACGACGCCCUGGGAGAAGACUCCAGCGUCGAGAUGGCCGUGGAGAACAGAGCCAAGUUGGAGGCCCGGUUACGCUACCUGGAGGAGAAAGGGAUCAGACGCAUCAGUGGAUCCGGCAAAGCUUUGGCAAAAACGGAUAAAUAUCAACACAAGAGUGAUGUAAAAAUAUACGACCCGUCCGGCGACUCGACGAUUCCUUCAAAGAAGAGGAAGAUUGAAGAGGUAGAGGAAGGGGACGAGGAAGAGAAGCCCAUAGAGACCAAAGCCAAGAAAGUCAAGAGAGAAACCCCACAAGCAGAAGCCCCCGCGGAAACAGAGACGCCGAAGAAGAAAAAGAAAAAGCAGAAGAGGAAAGCGGAGGAGGAACCCAAAGAGGAGGAGGAGGAGACGGCUGUCAGUACGGCGGAGGUGACGUCCGAAAAAAAGAAAAAGAAGGAAAAGCGAGCGGCCGAGGAGGAGCUGAAAGAGGAGGCAGAGGAGCCGGCAGAAGAGACGCCAGAAAAGAAGAAGAAAAAGAAGAAAAAGGUUAAAGAUGAGGACGAGUAGAAUGAACGGGACUUUUUUAAAACAAUUAUUUUUCUUUAAGAACUGAACUUGUAUAUAAAAUGUUUUAUAGUGUUUCUGGACAUCAUGUCGCAUCUCGUUUUGUGUUUCAAGCCAACUCGACAGUUUCUGCAGACUGUGAACUGAUUUGUUUCGUCUUGUCUUUUGCUCGAUUCGAAAGAGAAAAAACAAGAUUUCUCUUUUCUUACUUUUUCUGUGAGCUUUGUGUUAAACUUGACCAGAUCAUACAGUUACGUUUGUUUGUUUAUUUUAAUAGACAAAUGUUUUUAGUUUAAAGCCAGUAUGUGGUCGUAUUAUAAAAAGAAAUGACUGCGAGGAGCGAGAUCUGUGACGUAAGAAUGAGUUGUUUGUGUCUCAGGAUUAUUAAAAACUAUGUCUCUGUAUUCCUGCAAGUGGGCUCUUUUACUCCGUUUUGCUCUGAAACACUAUUUAGGGAUUUUUCAUUGUCAACACGUGAUUACAAAGUGUAACAUUGAUUUGUAGUUUAGAAACAUGUUGCUGGGAUAUCAGCCAUUGAACUUUGCUCAUCUGUGAUCAUGCACUUGGUCUGUUUUCAUUAAAAAGAGUUUGUUUUGAA